UUGGAUUUUAGUUGGUCACAGACCCAUUUAAUAAGAAAAGGGAAAGAUGAUAUCUGUCCACAAAGGCUAUUUGUCAAAAGUUGCAAACCUAACUCUUUUAAGAAGGUCUCAUAAAUUUGGUUUGCUUCUGCUCUGAUUAGAGAUAAAAAAGAAAAAAGGAACUUGUUUGGCCUUUGAAGGUGAAAUUAGGGUUGGUGGUGGUCAUUUGAUUGUAGGGAGAAAGAAACGAGAGUUGUUGGGUGAUUAUUGUUGAGGCUUUGUUAAGAAGCCAAUGCCAGUGGUUGGGUUGAUAUUUGAAGUAGGAAACAGAAGUGAGCUCGAUGUCGUGGGCUGGCCCAGAUGAUAUUUUUCUCUCCACUUCGCUUGCUAGCUAUCUUGACAAAAAGCUUCUCGUCUUGCUGCGAGAUGGUCGUAAACUGUUGGGGAUACUGAGAUCUUUUGACCAAUUUGCUAAUGUGGUUCUUGAAGGUGCUUGUGACCGAGUAAUAGUUGGAGACCUUUAUUGUGACAUCCCCUUAGGUCUAUAUGUAAUUCGUGGAGAGAAUGUUGUCUUAAUUGGAGAACUGGACUUGGAGAAGGAGGAGCUUCCCUCUCAUAUGACCCGUGUGUCAGUAGCAGAGAUUAAAAGGGCUCAAAAGGCAGAGAGGGAGGCUACUGAUCUAAAGGGCUCCAUGAGAAAAAGAAUGGAGUUCCUUGACUUUGAUUAACAAAUGAUGCCAUUAUGUUUUAAGUUUAUGCCAUGUCCGCAAAUAUUAGAGCGGCGGUGAUUCAGAAAUUGGAGAGCUUGGCUUGAGUCUACAAGAUUCUCACAUUCAGUCUGUGGCUUGGGGAAGCUAUAAAAACAGUAACAGUUGAACCUCCUUUGCUAAGUAUGAGAGGAAAUUGUAUUUUGGAUCUAUUAAGGGGGCAAUGCGCGUGGCUAUGCUAGGCUCUUUAGUUUUAGUUCAAGAUUUGGUUUCUCUCCUUAAGUUAUACUAAAGAUCAUGUUCUAUUUUUGCCUGUUGUUUCCCCUUCUUUUUUUUUUUUUUUCCCAAUCCUCUCAGCUUUUCACUUCUCUGCUUAAAGCAAUUGGGAAAUUGCUUUAGUUUAUCAAGUUGUGCCACAUUUUGUUAUUCGUGCUAAUUUCUGUGAUGUUUCACAAAUCGAUACAGUUGAAUUCUCUUUUUUUA